CGUAAUCAACCAUCUUUGAUACAGCGUUGAAUGUGUCAUCGCCUAUGGUCAUCGCAGGGGAUUGCUUUCCGCCCCACUGAGAGUUGUGCUUGGCGAUGUUAGUGUUUUCUUCAACAUGAGACCGUCACACUGCAGUAUAUAGCCUAACUUGCGUGGGAUGGGGGCCCAUCUUAGUCGCAGUGGGGCUGAUGACGCCCAGCUCAUCUUACCACAGGACAAACAGAGGGCAGAGGGCAAAUCUGCCUUCGAAGAUACAGUGGACUGCCCCACCUGUCAGGGCACAGGCCGCAUCCCGAGAGGUCAAGAGAACAAAUUGGUAGCAGUGAUACCAUGCACAGACCAGAGACUUAAGCCAAGACACACGAAGCAAUAUGUAUGUGUGUCAGUCGGGCUGUGUCUGCUCUUCAGUGGACUCGUCCUCUUUUUCCUGUUCCCCCGCAGUGUGACUCUCUCAGAGUUAGCCUUUCAGUCUGCCUAUGUGGCUUUCACACCAAAGGCCGUCAAUAUCACCGUCCAUAACACCUUGAAUAUCAGCAAUGAUAACUUUGCAGUGGUGAAGGCCUCACACCUUGGAGUGCAGGUUUUCUAUAUGGACACGGUUGUCGGCUCAGCUAGUGAUGCCAAUGUAACAACCAUCCUACCACGAUCUGGGGGAAAACUCUCUUUCAAGAUUCUUGUCAGUCUGACCGACGAUGGGCUGAUUACUUACUGCAAGUCUCCGUCCACGAAGAUUCACAUCAUAUUUCUGAGAAUUCAGGUGUCCAUGACCGUGUACUAUUUGGCCCACUUUGAGCAGGUUUCCUUGGACACGUUUGAGUAUUUAGACUGUGGGACUAACAGCACCACACCCCAUGUGUUUAACGCCAGCCAGUGAGGAGCCAGCAGCUAACUCAUAAUCUGGUUGCAUUCCAAGUCUACAGGUGCUUCUGCAUCAUUGAUUUGAAGUUUGAUUCAAAUAGAUAGCACAACCCCUUCAUGUAUAGAUAGCUUUUGCUAUCUGAAAACGCAUUAAAGUUGUUUCUGUUUUUUGAUUUGUAGCCUGCAAUAGGAAAUACAGUAUUUGAUCUUAGGAAGUGACAGUUAUUCAUGUGACUUGCCUUGUUGAAUUUGCACUAAAUUUCUUUAUAUGCACUAUAAAUGGAGGAACAAGGUAAUUUCCUUGUUUCUCUCGCAGCUUUACUUUGUAUAGUUUAAACUUGCCUUCACGCUCAUGUCAGAGCAGGCCACCACGAAUGAAGUACUGAGCUCUUUAUAGCACACCACAAGAUUUCAAUGUUUCUUUGUCUCCCUUGUCAGACAAAAUAAAGACAUCUUUUUGUGGUGUUGUGUAA